GCCUAACUGGGGGAAAUGACCUUUAUCCUUGAGUAUACCCCUGUGCGUGUGUGCGCGCACGCGGAGAGGAGAGGAGAGGAGAGGAGAGGGGAAUCGAGCCGAGCACCAGCAGUGAAGCAGUUAACAGUGAACCCAGAGCCGGAGUGUCGGCCGCCCGCCCGCCCGCCGGAGCGCGGCUCUGAGCAUGUGCUGUUCCUGCUGCAGUGAAGGAAAAUGUGUCAGUUAUCAUUGGAGAGGAGAAUGAGAGAGGGAGAGGGAGGUUAGCCAGCCGGGGCAAACACACGACGAGAAGGAACCGAUACGACGAUGUUCCUGUUUUGCCUCUUGUCCUCUGCAUGAUUACAAUGAACGCGCAGGGGCUCGAUCCCAAUCCCACACACGCGGCUGCAGCUCCACAGUAAAACACGUAAAACCUCCCAGAGUCCUGAACAGACCAAGUGGCCCAGUCACCAUGGCAACAGCAAUGAUCCCCGAGCCCCUGACGCCACUAUCACGGUGGUACCUGUACGCCAUCCAUGGUUACUUCUGUGAAGUCAUGUUCACAGCAGCAUGGGAAUUCGUGGUCAAUUGCAACUGGAAGUUCCCUGGUGUGACGAGUGUGUGGGCGCUUUUUAUCUAUGGAACCUGCAUCCUGAUAGUUGAACGCAUGUACCUGCGCCUGCGUGAUCGCUGCAAUGUCUUGCUGCGCUGUCUCAUAUACACCCUGUGGACAUACAUGUGGGAGUUUGGCACAGGGCUGCUGCUGCGGCAGUUUGACGCCUGCCCUUGGGACUACUCACAGUUCAAAUACAACUUCAUGGGCCUGAUCACGGCUGAAUAUGCCUUGCCCUGGUUCUGCGCAUCGUUUAUUGUGGAGCGUCUGGUCAUUCGCAACACAUUGCGGCUGCGCUUUGACGAGUGGGAUGAGCCUGGCCAGGUUGGAGGAAGUGGUAGAGGAGAAAGUGGAGGAGGAAGGAGAGGAAGAGGAGCUAGGGGAGUGGCCACCAGUGCCAAUGGCUAUGUGAAAGUGGACUGAGUGAGAUUAGUCAUUUCCCUCUCCAUCUUUAUUAAAAAAUUUUAUUUGCCCAGUCUUUUCUUUCCUCCUGAAGAUGUUUUUAGCUUUCUCCUAGCCCAUUAUCUGGGAAAGAGGUAUGUUAAGGUUCAAGGUGUUGAUCAGUGAAAAACAAACAAACAAGAAAGCCACAGCGAGACUAAGGUGUGUGGUUUUAGUGCCCCAAUUGCAGUCUCUCCACUAGUGCUUAAAUUCUGAUGUGCCUCAUUCAGGCAUCCCCAAGCAGCCUGUUAGCCUAGGAAAGGUACAGAGGAUUUUAUUGUGGAGCUUGUGUCAUUUGUCCUUCCCUGUAUCAUACCUCCCAGACCAGUCCAUCUGCUUCAAAAAACAUUGGGAGGGAUAAGGAACAGGAAAAGAACAUGAGAAGUCCAGUUUCAUUUGGGUAAUUAUAACUUGAAAUACAGAAAAAUGGGCCAGAAUAUAACAAAUGCUAAAAAAAAGUCUAUAUUUUUUAGCAUAUUAAAGUUAAAUGUGCAGUAGCAAAAACUGUUAGGAUAGCGAAUUUUAAUUGUUGAAGUUUGUGUUAUUUAUUAAUAUUUAUCUAAUGGCAGUUAAGUAACUUAUUAUAGGCUUAUAGUAUGUUGUAUACUGUGCCCUAAAGUAACGCAUUGAACUUGAAUCUAGUGUUUUUAUACUGAAAAAAAAGAAUGCUUGAACAUGCAUGAGAAUAGUGUCUUCCAGAUUUUUUUAACAAGAGGCAAAUCUGAAACGUAUUCUGUAAAAAGAACUGUGUUUAUUUUUAACCAUAUGGAUUAAGGCACAAAGAAGUACUGUAUUGCAUUCACUUGUACUGCUGAUAGUUAGGAUUUAAAUAUGGGAUGUCUUUGUGUUAAUAUGCUGAAAAGACUGUCAAGAGAAUUGGGGGAAAAUGUGGUCUGCUGCUACUGUAUGUUCUUUGAUUGUCCAAAAUAUCUCUGUAUUAAUUAAAAGUGAUCAGGCCUUAUACACUACAGUCCCUAAAAAUAAAUAAAGGUUUUCUAGGCUUAAGAAUGAAAAGUUCAAAGCAAA